AGUUUUAUGAACUACUAGGAGAAAAACCGAAAUUUAAUCUGAUGUUUAAAGGUUACUAGUUUCAAUGCGAAAUUUCUGCCUUUUAAUUCCAAAACUUGGUUUUGGGAACUUCCCUCUUAAAUUUAAUUCACGCUUUAGUCUCUCGAUAUUUACUGAUGAAUAAAUAAUGAUAAGAUUUAGAAAACAAUUAUAUUAUUGUUACGCAAUCGAAAUAUUUCUUGUGACUUUUCUGUUAUUCUUAAUUUUGAUUGAUUUGCUCUAAAAUGUCUGUUCAGUUUCGACAUGUUAUGAACAUUCAUGAUGAGUACACUACUGAAUCCAGUGUGCUCCGAUCGUUCACAAAUCUAUCGAAUACUGUCAUCCAAACUGCAUUAAGCGGGCAAAGUAAGUUUGUGUUCGAAAUUUUACAAAAUGCCGAUGAUGCUUACGAAGAGAUACAUAAAACAAUUGAUUUAGUGUUCUGUGUUUGCCAGGACCUUUUAAUUGUUCAUCAUUCUGGAAAAGGAUUUGAUCAUAAUGAUGUGGAAAGAAUAUGUGACUAUGCUUCUCAGAUUGAAGAAGUCAAAGCAAAUGAUUUAAGCAAAACUGGUUACAAAGGUCUAGGUUUUAAAUCUUUGUUUAAUUUAUCAGACACUAUUUACAUUGUCUCAAAUGGUUACUCAUUUCGUUUUGACAAAACACAAUGGCCUAACCCUGAAGAAAGACCUUGGCAAGUUAUUCCGAUUUGGUGUAGGGCUGAUGAGUUGCCUCUUCAUGGAACAAUCAAUUAUAGUUACCCCGUUAAUUUUAUAUUGCGUGUGAAAGAUGUUGAUGAACUUCAGGGGCAACUUAAAGAGCUUAUUGAUCAGCCAGACUUGCUCUUGUAUUUGCACAGAAUUAAUAAUCUGAGAAUUAUUUUAAAUGGUGAAGAUUAUUAUAUUCAAAGGAAAAGGGAGCAGUUAGGUCAAUUUGACAAAGUCUCGUUUCUUAUCAACUGUUUUUUAGUAAGUACAUGGCUGAUAAAAUCCUAUGAAUCUCCAGUACCCCCAGAAACUAGGCAGUAUAUUCAAGGGGCCAGUCGUUUUGUCUAUCCAGACAAAAUUAAAACAGCUAAAAGAGUAAAUAUUACAUAUGCUUUGAAGUGUAAUGAGUGGUUAACCGAGAUUUUAAAUGUCAAAGGACUUUGCUUUAGUACACUGCCAACUCAGCUGUAUUUGACAUUACCUUAUCAUUUGAACAGUUUUUUCAUUCUUAAUCUUGAUCGAACACAAUUGCACGAAAAUGAGUGGAAUGAAUUUUUGAUUGAGGCGGUAGGGCAGUUGCAGUUAUGCUUGCUGAGAGAUCUGACUUCUCUAGCACAGUUAAAAAAUCAAGUUGUUUCACUAUAUGUGAGAGAUAUUGAACAUCCUUAUCGUAGCUUUGCCAGAGCAUUCAGGAGAGGUUUGAAUGAUGCUAAAGGGAAAAUACCUUGGUUGCCAUCUCACCAUGGACAACAUUUGCUAAGAUUGGGAGAGGCUUGGAGUGAUGACAUCGAAUUCUUCAAGCAGAAUUUUUACAAAAUUAGAGAUCAUGCAAUAUAUCCUAGCCUUAUUGAUUAUAAUGUGAUGGAUAGAAUCAAUUUGCUUCAACAAGAAGGAGAAGCGAAGCACUUCAACCAUGAUAACCUGUUUAGGGACUUUCCUGAAAAGUACUAUCCUCAAUUAACUCAAAAAUCUCACAUUGAAUUCAUAUCAUAUCUUUAUAAAAAAUUCAAAGAGAAUGGCCGUAUGAAAAUUAAAUUGAAAAGUUUUCCAUUUCUUUUAACUAAAAAUAAAAAGCUAUUGCCGCCUCAAGAAGCUGCAAUCGAAGAAAGCCAAAAUCCAAUACCCGACUUUUCACUGUUGGACCCCGUUGAUAACCAAUAUCUGCCCGAGAAAAAUCUUGCAGCGAUUAAGCAAUGGUUUUGCGAUUUGGGAGCUCGGCGUUUGGGCACGCCGAUUCAAGUUAUUCGAGACAGCAUAUUAACGUGGUUAGAUUCUGGUUCCGGUAUUAUUGAAGAAAGAAUUAAUAAGAAAAACCAUGUUAAAAUAAUAAAUUAUCUUGCAAUUAAUAUCAAUCAGUUGAAUGAAAAAGAAAUUGUGAAACUUAGAGAAAAAUUGCCUGUUCUAACUGAAAACAACUUUUUCAGGUCCGUAAGGCAAUGUUAUCUUCCUGAUGCUGUACCUGUUAAAGAACUAGCUGAUAUUGUUAUCUCAAAUGAUGAGAAACUGUCAUCUGCAUACGAUAUAAAACCUGAUACAAAGUCUUUACGAGGUUUUUUCAUCCGUAUUGGUAUCAAUAGCAAACUCAAUUUUCUGGAAGUACUUAACAGAAGUAUUUUUGAGUGGUUGGAGAAAGACCAAAUGAAGGACAUGAUCACAAAAGACAAUUAUAGACCCAUAAUUGAUUAUAUUGCUUCACAUAUUUCCUCACUUGAUCGUCCUUUACCAAAACACAAGAGAGAGUUACUGAAAGAUUUUUUAGUUUUGACAAUGGAUGAAACAUUUCACAAAGCGCAACAUUCAUACUUUGAUAAAGCAAUUCCAAAAAUAAAAGGUUUACAGCACGUGAUAACUAAAGGCAGACAAGUUUCCACUAGCGACAUUUCUUCCAAUUUAGAAAAAUUUUUAACUGACAUUGGAGUUAAGAAAACUGUAGAUCCAUUAUUGUUUAUUAGAGAAAGUAUUAUUAAAUGGCAUAAUGAAGGGGAGAAUUUGUCUAAAAGAAUAAAUAGAAAUAAUCACCAUGAAAUUCUUAAGUACAUUGCACAAAAUUUGAAUUCUAUUAAAUCUGGCCUUGAUUCAAAACCGAAACAAAGAAAUGCUUUGAAAAAUAUCAUUAUAUUAACGCAAGAUAACACUUUUUCCCCUGCUUGCAAGUGCUAUUGGCCAGCAUCUGAAAAUAAUGAAGAGAUUCCUGGAAUAGAAGAUAUUAUUUCUCCCAAUGAAUUGGUUUCUUCAGAUUACGAUUUGAAGUCGAUGAAUUUGAAAGCAGCUUUAGAAUAUCUCGGGGUACGCAACAUUCAAUUCACUGACAUCUACGAAAAAUAUAGUAAUUAUUUGAAUAAUGAAAAUAAUAUGAAUUGGUUUUUCACCCAUUUAGUUACUUAUUGGAAAAAAAACGGAGCAUCGCCUAAAUCGGAUGGGCUGCUGAAAUGUAUGCGGAGCAAAUUUAAGACUGCAUCCUGUUUGUUGGCCAAAAAUAAAAGAAAAUAUUUAUCGAUGAACUUAUAUUCAUCUAAAUUUGAUACCAUGCAUUCCAUAGAUCCGAAUUCUGUGCCUGUUUUGGCAUAUGAAGCAUUGCCAGAAGAAUUAGAAGAUUGGCUUGGAUUAAAGAAAGAACUUGAUUUAUUGUGUAUUAUGGGGCUAUUUAAAACUGUCGAAAAAAAUCCAUUAUCGGGACAACAAAAAACAUUAACGUUUUACAAGUGUAUUUUGGAGCAACUGCGAUCUAAAUCUAAAACUGAAGUUAGAAGUUGCGGCUUUAAGUUACUUUCCGAAGAAAAUUAUCUAGUUCUCGCAUCUAAUCUUUAUUAUUUUAAGGAAGAACAAGUCAAGUGCAAAUUAGAGAAAUGUUACUUAAAAAGAAUAGUUGAUAUGUCUCACAGUGACACUUUAGAUCUAGCAGAACUUUGUGGAGUGAAUAUUUUACCAUUUAAGGAAGACUUUAACUUCAUUAAAGAAACUGCGAGUGAUUCUCUAAAAAAUUUCUAUAUGGAACGUUUGCCAUUCAUAGUUAUUCAAGAAUCAACAGAAUUAAAUGAAAAUCCCAGCAUUGUUCUAAAACACUUAUUUGAAAAGUUAAGUGUUUUAAAAUUAUAUACUUGUGAACGUAUUACUGUGCAAUAUCCUUUUGGUGAGCCAGUAGACAUCAACACUCAUUUUGAUGACUUCAUAGUGUACGUUAAUGGUAAUUGGAGAAAUUUUAAAUCUGAAAUCUAUGAACAUAUGAGAACAAAGCUAAAUCUUAAAACAAAUAUAGGAACUAUUUGUUCCAUGGAUGUCAGUUCUAAUAAAAGUGUUCUAAACUGGUUGAAUGAUUAUCAUAAUGAAGGUAAGAAGGUAUUAAAUCGAAUAAAAGCUGAACUACAAAAGCUUUUGUUUAAAGUAGAAAAUGAGGACAUUAAUAAAUCACAUUCAUUAGACAAUUCAACUAAUGGUAAAUAUCUUUUAAAAGAGAGUCAUACAUCAGCUCUGGAAGAUUUUGUAUCGGUCGGUUCUUCCAAAAAGUUAUCAGUCUGCGAAGACUCUGCUGAUGACUAUUCUUCCUCAGAAGAGGCAUCCGUAUCCACCAGCAGCCUUGAAAAUUGUGACACGAGCACAGGAACAAAUAAUAGAAAAUCAGUUGAAAAGAAUGUCAUUGAAACAGAGCAUUUACCUGAGAAGACAAAGUAUGAUGCAGUAUCUUUAAUUGACCAAUUAGGAAAAAGAUCUUCCACUUUAAGUGACCUCUUAGAAAGUAUGCAAGUUAAAAAAAAUAUGAAUGCCAUAUCUACAAAUAAUGUGAAAUCAGAAGAAUUUGACAAUGAUACAAAUAGUGAAGAUGAUGAAGAUUCUUCUUCAGAAGAGGCAUCAUUGUGCACAAGCAGCCUUGAAAAUUUUGACAUGAGAACAGGAACAAAUGAUAGAUUAUCAGUUGAAAAGUUUUUACCUGAGAAAAUCAGAUAUGAUGCAGUAUCUUUAAUUGACCAACUAAGAGAAAGAACUUCUUCAAGUAACCAAUUAGAAAACGUGCAAGUUAAUAAGAAUGUGAAUAAUGUAAUAUCUACAAAUAAUGUGAAAUCAGAAGAUUUUGUUGAGCAAAUUAUGGACAAUGAUACAAAUAGUGAAGAUGAAGUAGCUUUGAAAAACUCAACAGGAAUUAGAAAUGAUAAUAAUAAUGUACUUAAUACAAUUAUAAGCGAACAGGAAAAUCUUCGACUUCAGAAAGUCAGAGCCAACUCCAUUGGCAGAAAUGUGUUAGAUUUUAGUAGCUUAUUGCCCCAAGAGUUGGAUGUUAUUCAAAACAAAGCAGUUAAAAAUCAACUUAAAACAUCUAGUAAUAAUUCGAUGAAAGGAACAUUGACGAAUGAAUCUAAUCCGAAGAGAUUAAGAGAAAGUUACGUAUUUACUCUACUUCAAAACUAUUAUAAAAGAAAGUAUCCCAACUCAAAAUGUAAAUCAUCUUUUGGUCAUUUCAGAUUACAAUGGCAGUCUCGCACUAUUGAUAUUGUUUGGUUAAAUGAAAUAAAAGAUAUUUUGCAUCCCUAUGAUAUAGUGCUUAAAAAAGACGGCAAUGUAAAACAGUUAAUAGAGGUAGAUUCAGCUGAAAUAAGGGACAAUAAUUUGUUCAUUUUGAAUCACCAAAAUAUUUUGAAAUCUAUAAAAAAAUUACCAAAAAAAUAUGAAGAAAAAUAUUGUUGCUGUUGUGUUCUUGGGGUAGAGAAUUUAUCAGAAGUCGUAGAUAAAAUAUAUAAGCCUGUUAUAGCCUAUAAAAUUGUCCCAGUGAUGAUUAAUGACAUUAAAUAGCUCAAUACAGUACAAAUGUUGUGCCUAAAGGAUCUUUCUCACUGCAUUUUUUUACACACAUUUCCAAUUGCUGGUAAGGACCUUAUUGGUAGAAUAUACUCCCCCAAGGAAAAUUCCCCAAUUAGUAUCUUCUCUUUUAAUUGGAAGUGUAUGAAUUGCAUAUUAUGAGAAUACUCUAAAUUAUCUUCGAUUAUGCUUUAUAAAGCAUUGGUGUUUAAAAAAAAGCAGUGCACCUUUUGAGUUUAAUCUAUUCUUAGUAAAAUCUAACUUUUGGUAUACUUUAUAGGCACUAUUGGUUUUUAACACCUAAUCUUUCUAUCAUUCCACUUCCUAUAAAGUUUUAUUUCCAAAAAACCCUCUAAUUUAGGACUGUAUUUUGAUUUUAAGUAAUGUUAGAUCUAAUGAAAUUUUAUUUUGAUUGAGUAUUGAGUUAUACGAAAUUAUUUUUUUCCCAACUCUUUUUUAGUUUUUGUUGUAUUGUCUAUGAAACUUGGUAUAUAUUUUUUAUGCUCUCUAAAGGUGAAUGGUGAGAUUGAAGUGUAAAUUCAUUUGUGAUAUUUUAUACACAUGUUAUUGCAUGGCAAAUAAUCAAUUACUAUGUUCUGUUACUGAAGGAAAUUCUUUUUUUUGUAAUUUCUUCUUUUUGUUUCAUGUGAUUUAAAUAUCUCAAGUGCCUUAUUGAAAUCUUGUACUUUCGGUAUCCUUCUCUUCAGUACUAUAUAAAUUAGAAUGCUAUUCAUUAAGUCCUAUUUUUUCUUACAAUAUAAUGAUUUUAGAACAUAAUAACUUGCAUUCAAAAACUUGAUAAAAUUUUUAAAACUUUAUAUUAAAACAACUAAGUUUAAAUUUAUAUUCAAUUUACUAAGUUGAAACACAGUACGGUGUUGCAAUUUUAAUCAAAUAUAUUUUUGAAAUGAGUUUAUGGUUUAAAAUUGUAAAAGUUUUUUUUUUUUUCAUAAUGAAAUUUUCAAAAUUUGUUUAUAAUCUAAUUUAAAUGUCAAUGAAAGUAAUUUUGUUCUGCUAUUUGAUUUCGUAAAUUAUACAAAAGUAACUUUUAAUUUACUUAUUGAUCAUAAUUGUCACAUUUUUAAAACUUAACUUUAUUAUAUAGUUCAUGCGAAAGAGCUUACAUUUAACUGAUACAGUUUUACAAACUGAUUACAAUUUUAAUCAAAUAUAUUUUUGAAAUAAAUUAAAUAUGGUUUAAUUCUUGUCUUGGUAUGGUUUAGUCUUGAUAAAAUAUUUAAAAAUUUGUUUGUAAUCUAAUUUAAGUGUUAAUUAAAGUAAUUCUGCCAUUUUCUGUUUUGAUUUGCUAUUUGAUUUUGUAAAUUAUACCAAGUAAUUUUUAGUUUACAUCUAGUGGUUACAUUUUUAAAACUAAACUUUGUUCAAGUGUGAAAGAACGUAUAUUUAACUGAUACAGUUUUAUAAACUGAUUUUGACUGGAGCCACAGCUAGAACUGGACCACGUGAGAAUUUUAUAUUGUGAUAGAUCGUUUUAGACAGUGUAUUGUUAUAUGACAUAUGUUUGAAUAUUGUUUCUUUUGAAGCAGAACUACACAACCAGAAAUAUUACAUCAAUCUAAAAUAAAUAAAAAAGAAUUAUCUCUGUUUUGAAAGAAAAUGUUAGUUAU